CAGGUAGCCGUGGGCCGCAGCUAUUCGGCCUCUCUAGGCCGGCGGGUCCUCCGCUCCAUGGUCCUGUCUGUCGGCGCAGUUUCGGGAGUCCACCGCCGAGGCCCGGCCGCGCUCGGACGCUUCGAUCCCCGAGCCGGUCGCGGGUAUCCCGGCGGCCGCGGGACGAUGGCGUGGCGGCAUUGACAGGCGCGGGCGGCUGCCGAGCCCCGCGGGCUGGCAUGGCGGGCCAGUUCCGCAGCUACGUGUGGGACCCGUUGCUGAUCCUGUCGCAGAUCGUGCUCAUGCAGACGGUCUACUAUGGCUCUCUGGGCCUGUGGCUGGCGCUAGUGGACGCGCUGGUGCGCAGCAGCCCGUCCCUGGACCAGAUGUUCGACGCGGAGAUCCUGGGCUUUUCCACCCCUCCAGGCCGGCUCUCAAUGAUGUCCUUCGUCCUCAACGCCCUCACCUGUGCCCUGGGCUUGCUGUACUUCAUCCGGCGAGGGAAGCAGUGCCUGGAUUUCACUGUCACUGUGCAUUUCUUUCACCUCCUGGGCUGCUGGCUCUACAGCUCCCGUUUUCCCUCGGCGCUGACCUGGUGGCUGGUCCAAGCUGUGUGCAUUGCACUCAUGGCCGUCAUCGGGGAGUACCUGUGCAUGCGGACGGAGCUCAAGGAGAUCCCCCUCAGCUCAGCACCUAAAUCCAAUGUCUAGAGUUGGGCCCUUUGGACACUCUGCUGGCACUUGGGCCCCAUCAUCUUGGGCUGCUCAGACCUCCAGAUGGGGUCUGGCCCAAGUCUGAGAGGAACCCUGGAAAUGUGAAGUCUGUUGGUGGAGAGAUAGUGAGGCCCCAUCAUAAAGGCAGGUAGCAGGCAUGAUCACAGAUGCAAGAAUGGCCUCUUCCUGCUGAAGCCUUGAUAUCUGGAGGCCAGUAAAGGGACCUCAUGGAGGGUAGUGACAGAUUUGGAACCAUGUCCCAUGAGCCAUCAUACUGUCACCAGCCUGUUGUUUUAAAAAGAAAAAAGAGAAUCAAGGAUAUCUGAUUGGAAUAAACCACUCUUCUCGUUGUCUGUCUCAUGCCCUGUGACAGCUGGCACCUCUGCCAUGUUGCCAAACGACAGGGAUUCUGUGUGAAGAAACAUUUGAUUUCUGGGUCCAUAGCCACGGAAAAAGAUGUAGGUACAAAGAGAGGAUGGCAGGUGGAGGAGGCAUCAGGCACAAGAAAAAUGCACGGCUGUGCCCUGUUAGACACACACACACUUGUGUGUGUGACUGACUUCCUCCUGUUCUCUGUAUGGACUCUACCUUGCUGCUGGCUCUCAGCCAGCAGGUCACAGGACCCAGAGAUGAUCCCAGCAUCCCUCCCAGCCGUAACUUCAUCGUAAAAGCCACGGUCCGCUCUCUAGGACUGACCAGGCGGCCAGCUUCUACUGGGCCUCAGGUGUGGCACGAGUUUGUGUUUGCUGUCUCUUUUGAGUUCUGUGACGAGGGUAUACUAAUGGUGCUGGCGGCUCUGCUACGGCCAGAGCUUUCUUCCGAAUAAUGGUUUCCUCUGUGAGGGCUGGCAGCCGUCCUUUCUAGGGACGUAAAUACACUAUUUUCCACA